AUCCCCAACUCUCCCUGAAUCUGCAGCUCAAAACCCACACUUCAAGUUCUUGAAAUUAUAUUUGGUCAUACUGAUUUUGAAGCGGUGCAAUAUUCGACAUGGACUUCCAUGGCAAUGAGAACCUUAGGGCCACAGAGCUCCGACUAGGAUUGCCCGGCACACCGGAUGAUCCUCCAAAGCAAUCACCACCUGCCAACAAGAGCAACAAGAGGGGCUUCCUGGAGAUGGCCAGCGGAUCAAGAUCCGAAAGGUCAGAAAGUGGCGCCUCUAAUGUUGACAAUCGAGAGUCCACGGUUCCGCCCACCAAGACACAGAUAGUGGGGUGGCCACCAAUCAGGUCGUACCGGAAAAACAGUUUGCAGCAGCCGAAGAAAGCUGAUGCCAAUGCUUCGGGUACAUUCGUAAAAGUGAGCAUGGACGGAGCUCCCUACCUUCGCAAGAUGGAUCUCAAGCAGUACAAGAGCUACCCUGAACUCCUCAAAGCGUUGGAAAAUAUGUUCACCUUUAGUAUUGGACCUGGCGACCACUCGGAGAGAGAUUACUACAAGGGAUCUGAAUAUGCUCCGACUUACGAAGAUAAAGAUGGAGAUUGGAUGCUUGUUGGAGAUGUACCAUGGAAUAUGUUUAUCUCAUCAUGCAAGAGGCUCCGGAUCAUGAGAGGACAAGAAGCUCAAGGCUUGACUUGUUUGUAGAGCUGAGGAUUGAAUAAACAGCCCGAUCUCCUGGAAGACAAAGAAACAUACUACAGUUUCUUGCUCCUUAGCAGAAGCAGAGUGUCGAGCUAUGGCGGCAGCAGUCAGUGAAAUUAUUUGGCUACGGAGUCUAUUGACCUCACUUGGAGCUCGGAUGACGUGGCCAACUCGAUUGUUUUGUGAUAAUCAAGCGGCUCUGCAUAUUGCAGCGAGCUCAGCAUUUCACAAUCAAACAAAGCAUAUUGAGAUAGACCGUCACUUCGAUCAUGAACAUAUCAAGUCCGGUGUAAUAGCUACAACUCAUAUGUCUACUAGUCUUCAAAUUGCAGACAUCUUUACCAAGGUAUUAUGUCGAGAUCGCUUCCGUCUUAUCCUCAGCAUAUUAGGCAUUCGGGAUUCUCAUUCUCCAACUUGAAGGGAGUAUUAUGAGAUAUUUUAUUAUGUAUAUAGUAAUGUUCUUAUGUAUCUUUGUAUAUUAGGAUAGUAUCUUGAUUAUUUAGAAUCACGUAGUUUUAGUCCUUUCCAGUUUUAUGUAAUAAGGCUACAUGCUUAUUUAUGUAUCAUUUUCAGUAAUGAGAUUUGAGCUUUU